GAGGAGGAGUGAGGCGAUUGAUACAACGAGGACGGUGGAAUCAGUUGAGUUCUCUGAUCGGCAAGCUUCUGAGCUGAGCGAUGAUCAUUUCUAUCACAACUGGGAUGAGCAUUUAGGGGAUUUCCAUCCUAACAUGAUGAUGACAUUCACGUUGGAAGGCAGCGCUGUUCAGGAGUUCACUCAGGAUGUGGAAGUGGCCGGACAGCUAUUCAGAGGUGUGUUGACAUCGAACUCAAUGUGGGGUAAACCGGACGAGGUCGAUUUCGAGAUUCGCGAUCCUGAAGGGAAUGUAUUCUACGAGAAGAAGGAUACUUCGGAGUGUCUGUUUUUUGAGAAAACCAAACUACCAGGAGAAUACCGUCUACUUAUAACGAACAUGGAUUGGAGGGAGAGGCACCAGGUAACACUUGGUGUGAUGGUUGGAGGCUCUAAAACGUUGAAAACGGAACACAUUACUGAUCUGCAGGAACAGGUUGAGGUUCUCGAUACGAUACUGCGAGAUACCCAAGCUGAAAGUACGUACUUGUGGAUUCGGCAGAAGAACCAUUUCGAGAGAGUGCAGUCGACCCAUAGUCGCGUUCUCUGGUUCUUCCUUUUGGACUUCGUGGUUUUGGCUGUGGCUGCCUGGUUCCAAGUGUAUUAUGUGAAGAGUUUGCUGAUGGAUAGAAGAUUCAUUUGAUCAUGGUCCUGUUACUCAAUAAU